CACACUCACACACACUCUCAAUCUCACUCUCUCUCUCUCACACACACACACACACACACACACACACACACACACACACACAUUAUUGUCUACAGCUUUAAGCACUGUGCACAGACAAGGCGAAAGCUUCCAGACAAUUCGGUGAUGUAAUCCAGAGGACAAAUGGCAUCUAAUAGUUCAAAGUUUGGCCUGAAGGCAAAUGCUCCUGAGGACCAACAAGAAUACGUGACACCCAGUAACUAUGAGCUGGAGAAGCUGCUAUCACGUAGCACUGUAGCGUAUACACACGUCAACGAAGUGUGGCCAAACCUCUUCAUAGGAGACGAGCAGACAGCCCGGAACCGUUACGGGUUAGAGAAACUGGGUGUGACGCACGUUCUGAAUGCUGCAGAAGGUGAGAGGAACAGCGUGUGUACUGGAGCUGGUUACUAUAGCAACAUGGACAUAGAGUAUUAUGGUAUUGAGGCAGAAGACAUUCCUUCGUUCAACAUCAGUGUACACUUCUUCUCUACGGCUGAGUAUAUGAGACACGUCCUGAGUAACAAACAGAACAAGCUACUAGUACACUGUGUAAUGGGACGCAGCCGCUCGGCCACGCUGGUCCUCGCCUACCUGAUGAUCGAGGAGACGAUGACACUGGUGAAGGCCAUAGAGCAGGUGAAGCACCACAGACAGAUCAUCCCUAACCGGGGCUUCCUGAAGCAGCUGAGGGACCUCGACAUGUUCCUUCUAGAGCAGAGGCGUGAACACACACACUCUCUGACUGCAGAAGGUUCGGAGACGACUAAUCAGUAACACCAACUUAAACAAACCUGAAGGACGUGUGAGCGCUUUACUGACGUUACAUCUACUAAAUGUUCCACACGUCUGUGCUACAACCCACACGGAGCUGCACGCCUCUGUAAUAAAGUCAUGAGUCAUUAUAACAGAGGUAAUUAACUCCAUUAUUAAAUCUUUACACUGAUCAAUAAAUAAACCUCUUCAUAUUUAUUACUCCUGUAAUCUGUUUACUGAACAGUUAGUAAACACUACUGAAUAAAGAAUGUUAGCGCUACCAUUUUAAUGAUUAUUGUACUAUUGUAAACAAAUAAAACAAGUUAUCAUUAAAAAGUUAUAUUUCUUAUUUAAAUAUCAUUAAAUGUGUGUUUUUAGGCCAAAAGUGAGUGGACACAUGACACAGAGAAUACUUAAGUCUUUAUGUAUAUAAACAUAAAUUGAUAAAUACACACAAUAAAAUAGAGAGAGAGAUUGUGUGUGUGUGUGUGUGUGUGUGUGUGUGUGUGUAAGACGUUGUAAUGAUGCAUAUUUAAUAUUUGUGCGUGCUUUAAGAGUUUGGUGUGCUGCGAGAAACAAACACAGACACGGCUAAGCUAGUCUUUAUA